UGCAUUCAAAACGUCAUUUUGGUCAUUCCUGAAGCUUCGGUCUUGCUGAUCAUGUUGCCAUCCCGCUUGUCGUCCUCUCUGCGCCGCUGCGUUUCCACCUCCACGCGCAACAGCUUUGUGGACCGCUUGCGCAAUGAGCUGGCGGAGAUCGAGACCGCCGGCACGUACAAGAACGAGCGCGUCAUCGCUUCCCCGCAGGGUGCAGAGAUCUCCGUGAACGGUGAUACUGUGCUCAACUUCUGCGCCAACAACUACUUGGGAUUGAGCAACCACCCGGCGGUGGAGAAGGCGGCUGCCGACACGCUUAAAGAGCGUGGAUUUGGCCUCAGCUCUGUACGCUUCAUCUGCGGUACGCAGGACAUCCACAAGCAGCUGGAGGACGCCAUCUCGGCCUUCCACGGUACUGAGGACACAAUCCUGUACCCGUCGUGCUUCGACGCUAAUGCGGGACUCUUCGAGGCUGUGCUUAACAAGGAGGACGCAAUCCUCACCGACGAGCUCAACCACGCCAGCAUCAUCGACGGCAUCAGACUCUGCAAGGCCGAGCGUCAUCGCUUCAAGCACAUGGACAUGACGGACCUGGAGCAGAAGCUUAAGGACACGCAGCACUGCCGUACGCGACUCAUCGCCACCGAUGGCGUCUUCAGUAUGGACGGUGAUGUUGCUCCGUUGCAGGAGAUUGUGGCUCUGGCCGAGAAGUACGACGCCCAGCUCUUCAUUGACGAGUGCCACGCCACGGGCUUUUUCGGACCGACUGGACGCGGUAGUGACGAAUACUGCGGCAUCACUGGUAAGGUGGAUGUGAUCAACUCUACUCUGGGCAAGGCUCUGGGUGGCAGCACGGGUGGAUACACAACGGGCCGCAAGGAGGUUGUGGACCUACUGCGCCAGCGCUCGCGCCCGUACCUCUUCUCCAACUCGCUGGGUCCGUCUGUGGUUGGCGCGUCGCUUAAGGUCUUCGAAAUGCUCACCGAGUCGUCUGAGUUCGUUGACAAGAUCCGUGCCAACACGCAUCACUUCCGCGACCGCAUGACUGCCGCUGGCUUCACUCUCAAGGGAUCUCGUGACCACCCGAUCGCCCCUGUGAUGCUCGGCGAUGCCCGUCUUGCGUCUGAAUUGGCUGAUGAUAUGCUCAAGCGCGGCAUCUACGUAAUUGGCUUCAGCUACCCGGUUGUGCCGAAGGGCCAGGCGCGUAUCCGUGUGCAGCUUUCGGCUGCUCACCGCAUUGAAGACGUCGACAAGGCGGUGGAUGCUUUCAUCGAGUGUGGCAAGGCGCGCGGUGUCAUCAACUAGAAUGCUUUGAAAACUAAUUGGAAGUGGUAACAUUCGCUGGACUAUCUUCACGAGCGGCUAUUUUCACAAGCGUUGGGAGGUUCUUGCUCUUGGCCAGAACAUCUAGGAUUGUGGUGCCAUUCAUGAAAUUGAUGCUGCAACGCAUCGCGAUCAAAAAGUGCUUUAGCCCGUAGAGAGAGAAAAAAAAAAAGCAGCAAAGCUGUAAACAACAAGUAGAAACUAUCGAGACUACAACUGACCUUGCACCCCAAAUCACGAGUCCUUCUAGCUCCCUUGAGUCUGUCAUCAAUGGAAUAAGAGACUCGUCACUGUUGACAAGAAGCAUCCCGGCACCACCAACUUGCUGAAUCGCUCUACACAUUAGGUUAGUGAAUAAGUGAAUCUCUCAUCAAUCAGUCCAAACUAUAACCUGAGC